AUGGCCGUUAUGAACGGCCGUACUGACUUGGUCGAGCUGCUGCUCUCAAAAGGUGCCAACAUCAACCACCGUGACAGAGACGGUCAUUCUGCAGUUCACUGGGCUGUUGUAUGUGGUCAGCUGGAUAUGCUUAAUUUCUUGAUCUCCAAAGGUGCUGACAUCGAGGCAUCAGAUUCACUGAAGGCCGCUCCGCUUCAUUAUGCUACCGCUAUUGAAGACAUUUCUGCCGAGUUGGCGCUUGCUGUGCUUCACACUCUCAUCAAAGGAGGAGCGAUACCGAACUGCCGCGAUAUGGAUGAUCGUACUCCGAUUCUGUGGGCUGCAAGCAAUGGGAAUCUAGAAGCUAUGCAUUCACUGAAGCAGGCCGGUGGUGAUCUCGAAGCCGUGGACCGUGAUCGGUUGGGUGUGCUUCACUGUGCAGCAAGUCAUGGUUAUCACGAAGUAGGUUCGGUCGGAUUUGUGUUUUAA